AUGAACAAGUUCAUCGCUUUGGCAAUCAUCUCCACCAUUGUCGGUGUGGCCCUGGCCGACUACGCACCACCGAAGUACGAGGCUCCCAAGUACGAGGCACCGAAGCACGAGGCUCCGAAGUACCACGCACCAGCUCCAGCUCACCACGGCGGUUACCACGCUCCGGCCCCGGCCUACCACGCUCCCGCUCACCAUGCCCCGGUGGUGCACGCCUACCCAGCGAAGGCACCGGCCGUCAAGUGCGGCGCCAACCUGCUCGUCGGAUGCGCCCCUAACGUAGCGCACGUGCCAUGCGUGCCAUCGCACGGCGGUCACGGUGGAUACGGCGGACACGGAGGACAUGGAGGACACGGAUACCGUAGCGGUGGCAGUGCCGACUCCGCCGAAUCGUUCGAGUAA